CCUUGACAUGGUUCCAUGACAGGAAAAACGUUGACCAACUGCCAAGGGUCGAUGAACAGUGCCUCAGGUAUCGGGCCAUCACGUCAGAUGAUUGGCCAAUGAGACCGCAACAGUAAUUUAACCCAAAAUGGAAAUCCGACCACACGCCAGGCGCCACGUGACGUCAACUGGGACGCGUUGGAAACACCGAAACAGUGAAUACAGUUCAUUCCAUCCAACACAAACCCUUCAAUUCGCUCCUCUCUGAGCGUAGAUGCGUCUGCCCAUAAUAGAAUGGCUGCACUACCUCCGCCCUCACCCUAUCUGCUGGGUACCCACGGGGACCACCCCUCGAACAACCCGACCUCAACAUUGACCACUGAGUGAUCGUGCAUCUCGCAUCACAGACGCCAUGGCCUCAAAUUCGGCAAUCCCAGUCGACCAGCCUCACACCCCUGCAGAGAUCCUCCAGCUACAGAAUCAGUUGGCACAAGUCCGGAACCAACGCAUAAUACUGGAGUUACGCAAUGAGAUUGCUCGCGAGAACCAGUUGUUGGCCGCCGCUCAACGCCGUCUCCAAGCGACAGAAUCACAGACGCCGACCGGCGGUUGCGCCCUGAAUUCAUCGCAUACCCCUACUCCAUUUACGAUUGGCAGUACCACACCAGCGAAUAAGGGUACAAAUGCGACGCCAUGGGACUCGAGACCCAACCCCGUGACAGGUAAUAACAACACGAGUGGCACUAUCAUACCAAGGAAGGAGGCAGAGUUGCCAAGGCUCCCCGUGCCCAGAAAGUACUAUGGUCGGGAUCGAUCUUCGUAUCUUACCUUGGUCAGCAAAUUGCGAGGGUUGUUUCGCAAACAUAAACGGUAUUUUGCUUUGGAUAAGAACAAGAUUGCCGAAGCAAAGAGACAUCUAUCUCGCCUUGUCCUCGAUGAAUGGACGACAUAUACCGAGUCUCGUGGACGAGCCCAUACAUGGGAUGAGUUUCGCUUCUUUCUACUGCGGCAAAUUGAGCGGCCUGCAACGCCAAGGGUGGCGCGCCAUCGAUGGAAUGUCACUCGACAACACCGCGAUGAAACCGUGCGAGACUUCGCAAACUACCUGGUAAUGCUGGAAAACGAUUUCUCCACGCCAAUAUCUGAGCAAGACCGCAGCCAGAGACUCUGUCAUGGUAUGAACCGUUUAUUGCAAAAGAGGGCUAGAGACGAUACUUCAUUUUCUACUCUGAGGUAUGACGCACAGGUUGAGUUACUAACAAAGUGGGAAAUGGAAUUGGCUCGCCCGGUUGAGUCAGUGUCCCACCGGACCGAGGUGGUUUCUUGACAGUUGAAUACAAGAGGAGACGGGAAGUGGCAAACUGAAGCUCAAUGACAACUAUCGGCCCUUUUGUUGUGGCCAUCUACCGUGUGCUUGCCCGAGAGAAUGGUCGAUAGCCGGAACGGGUUCAGAUAUCACCAGGGAACAAAAUUCAUCCCAAGGUUUAAUUGGAAUCCAAUCAUGGAGGUUUUCUUUCUAUUGUUUUUUUCUUUCUACCUAUCUACUUCGUAAUGUUUAUGAGAUUCUCUACGUUCAUCUGUACAAAAGGAAACUAACGUAGCUUGAUUGCAUAUAAUCUGAGCAAAAGUUAAACAAUGCUUGGAAGAAAAGAAGGAACACUCAUUAAGACAUCAAUAGUAUAAACAAACCCAACUAAU